UGUCGCCCCGGCUGCUCUCCAGACUUGAAUGAAAUGAUGACAUCAAGGAGCUUUUGGUGCUGUCUUGUAUUGCUGGGGGUUUUCCCGCUGGUCACAAGGGAAUGGAUGGAUGUGGACCAGAGCAGAAGCCUGUAUUCAGAUGCAGGGAGGUUGCAUCAAGAGGACUCCAGAAGGCUUGAAGUUACAAGAAGAAAAGUGCUCUAUGGGCAGGACGGCCUGAGUGCAUCCUGUGAGAAGAAGUACUGUGGCCGGGGCAGCAUGUGUGUGGUGAACAGGGACACGAACCAGCCCGAGUGCAGGUGUGUUGAGGAUUGCAAGUCCAACUACAUGCCCAUCUGUGGAUCUGAUGGCAGGUUCUAUGAAAAUCACUGUCAGCUGCACCGAGCCUCAUGUCUGCAGAGGAAGAAAAUCUACAUUAUCCACAGCAAGGACUGUUUCUUCAAAGGUGACACCUGCACAAUGGCAGACUACAGCCAACUCAAGAGCAUCCUGCUGGACUUGCAGGCUCGCCGGCAGAGCCCGCCAAGCAGCCUGGCCAAGGACAGAGCAGCCCAGAAGCGCUUCCUAAUUGAAGAGCUGUUUAAGCACUUGGAUCUGAACAGUGAUGGGCAUCUUAUCGGCUCUGAACUGGCUCAGCUAAUGAAGAAGGAGGACCUGGAAGAUAAUUUACUGGGUUGUACACUUGAAGACCUUCUCCAGUUUGAUGAUUACAAUAACGAUGGCCACCUGACCCUGCAGGAGCUCUACACAGCCUUCCAGGUGGUUCAGCUGAAUCUGCCAGAGGACCAGAGGGUCACUGUGACCACCAUCACUGUUGGCCUUAGCGCCGUCCUGACCUGUAGCAUCCAUGGGGCGCUGCGGCCUCCCAUCAUUUGGAAACGCAACGGCAUCAUCCUCAACUUCCUCGACCUGGAAGACAUCAAUGACUUUGGAGAAGAUGAUUCCCUCUACAUCACCAAGGUAACAACUAUUCACAUGGGCAAUUACACCUGUCAUGCCUACGGCUAUGAAGAGCUGUAUCAGACCCACAUCCUUCAGGUGAAUGUGCCUCCAGUGAUUCGCGUCUACCCCGAAACGCAGGCACAGGAGCCGGGCGUGUCAGCAAGCCUGAAAUGUCACGCUGAAGGCAUCCCUAAUCCUCGAAUUACCUGGCUAAAGAACGGCAUUGAUAUCAUGCCAAAACUAUCCAAACAGCUAUCACUCCUUGCAAAUGGAAGUGAACUUCAUAUCAGUAGUGUUCGGUAUGAAGACACUGGUGCCUACACCUGCAUUGCUAAAAAUGAGGUGGGAGUGGACGAGGAUAUAUCUUCCCUUUUCAUUGAAGAUUCAGCGAGAAAGACCCGCCUGAGUGUUGGGAAUAUGUUCUAUGUCUUUUCUGAUGAUGGGAUCACAGUCCUUCAGCCAAACGAAUGUGAAAUCCGGAGACAUAUCAGGCCCGAAGAGAGGAUUUUCACAAGUUAUGAGGAGAUCUGUCCUAGAGUGGAAGGUGAAGACACUCAGUCCUGCCUCUGGGCUUCAGCAGUCAAUGUCAGAGACAAAUACAUUUAUGUGACACAGCCAAAGCAGAACAGAGUAAUGAUAAUUGAUAUCGAGACUCAAAAAGCAAUACAGUUCUUGGAUGUGGACCCAUUACCAACCAAAUUACAUUAUGACAAGUCCCAUGACCAAGUGUGGGUGCUCAGCUGGGGGGACAUGAAGCAAUCAUCACCCACACUGCAGGUAAUUCCAGAGGCGAGUGCUGGGGAGGAUCCGCAUGUUAUCCACACACCUUUUGAAGGAGUAGAUGAUUUUUUUAUACCACCUACUAAUCUUAUUAUUAAUCAUGUUAGGUUUGGCUUCUUUUUUAACCAGUCAAAACACGUGGUUCACAAGAUUGACCUGGAAACUGUGACCCACAUCAAGACCAUCAAUCUCAAAGCCUUCAGUUGCAUGCCUCAGGCCAUGGCAUACACACACCUGGGUGGCUACUACUUUGUGCAGUGCAGGAGGAACCACUCAGCUGCCACGUCACUGCAGCUCAUCAUCGACAGUGUCAGUGAUGCUGUCAUCGGCCCCAACGGCGACGUGUCGGGCACGCCACAUGUGUCACCUGACGGGCGGUAUCUGAUCAGUGCAGACAGAGGCAGUGGCAGGAUCAGAGUCCAGACUCUAACUGUCCGAGGGGAAAUCAAGUCGAUAUAUGACUUAAAAACAAGCAUACACAUAUCUGAUCUGACAUUUCAACCCUCUUUCACUGAAGGCAAUCAGUACUAUAUAUAUGCUACUUCACAUUUGCAAACAGAUGUGCUUUUCGUAGAGCUGUCAACAGGGAGAAUGAAUGUACUGAAGAAUUUAAAGGACCCUAUCACAUCAAAAGACUGGCCCUGGAGCAGCUACAACAGAAUUAUGAAAGACAGUGGAUUAUUUGGACAAUAUCUCAUUACACCAGCUAAAGAUUCCUUAUUUGUUAUAAAUGGGAGGCAAAAUACAUUACGCUGUGAGGUUUCAGGUAUAAGGAGGGGUAACACAGCGGUCUGGGUUGGGGAGGUAUGAAAGGGCAGCAGCAGUGGAGCCUUCAGCAGGCAAGGACCAGUUGGACCUUUACACCGCAGGAAAUGAGAAGUAGCAAUGUAUAUUUUUACACUGGGAAAACAAAAAGAAAAAGACAAAAAAAUGCUGUAUAGGCUUCAUGGUACAACUGGUCUGCUUGCAGGUUUUAUAAUACAAGGUAUGCUCUGCUAAUAGAAAGUGGUUUUGAAGGUAUAUUUUUAUUUAUGGGUAUGAUUUGUGGUUAUGAGAAAAAUGUUGGGAAGCAAAUAAUACCUCCACUGAGAUAUUAUACAAGCCACGAAACCUAAUAAUUCUGUAGAACAAAACAGAUUUUGACUUUCCAUACUGAGGAGCUUUUAUGUUAUGUCCAAGCAUCAAUUUUCUUCCCUGCAUCCCUUGCCUGUUGGUUGUACUGACUACCCCACCCCAGCACAGGGAGAUGGCAGCAGUGAGGACUAUUCACCUUUGAAUAUUCAUUCCCCUUUGGAUGAUGAGACAAAGUAAAUAUCAGUUUACUGAGCAGUUUUCAACCCAGAGAAAUCUCGGAGAGUGAUUUAAUGAAAACUGAUCAGCUUUCUCUGCAGGAUGGCUUUGAGAGGAUUCGCUUAUGUGAUUUCAGACGGAGGCAUCACAGAAAUUGUAACUGUCAGCUCCCUUGCUUCUGCACUUCAUUUUGCUCUUGGUCCUACUGAAGGCAAUGGGAUGAAUCCCCCCUCUUCCAGUGCAUAUUCUGUGAUUGUUUUUGAGAAAUUUGCCGUGAAAUAUCCAGGCCAUUACCCGUAGGGGCCUGGGAAAAAGCCAAAAAAUACUGACAGGGGAGGUCAGAGUAUAUGUAAACAAUUUUGUUGAGAAGGCAGCAUUAAUCUUUCAACAGCUCAUGAGUGUGGUCAGUUUGGGAACAAUAUGUAAAAUCUACUCUUUGCAGGCAGAGAAUGUUAUGGCUAUUCCGAUAGGAGACAACAAUACUUCUAGAAAUCAUUGGUUUCUCUCAU